AAAUUUAUUCAUUUUAUUAAGACACGCAAUACUGGUCGAAACAGAUAAAGUUUAAAGCCAAGUUGUCCUUGUUCUGACUAUAGCUUUCACAUAGACUCUGGGAUCGCCAGUAUCGCGUUUACAGUUUUAAUAGUAUAUCUGUAGGACAAAAUAAAUCCUACAUAGUUUCGACCAGUAUUUCAUCAAAAAUUCACACAUUGAGUACUGUUAAAUGUCGAUGAAGAAUCAUAAAACGGAUCAGAUUCCUGAAUUGUCUCCCCAUUAUUCGGACACUCAUAAUGAUGACCAGUUUGGAGGAAAUAGCUGUCGAAUGGAUCCCUUGUUAGAGUUAGAAUUAGCUAAAAUACGCUUAACUCAGACAGAAAGAGAAAUCGAGUUAGAACACUUACGUCAGAAGGGAAGAGAACAUUAUAAUCAAGCUGUGGCUGGCAAAGCGAUGUACAAGUCUACAUUUGCCUCACCUGCAGUUGAUAUUCCUCCUGAAAAGGAUUGGAUAACAAUGAUAUCUAGAGCUUUAGACCUACCAAAGAGAGAGAUUAUAAGGUUUAAUGGCAAUCCCAUGAACUAUUGGAGCUUCAUACGAAAUUUCGAAGACUGUUUUGACGAAAGAGUUGGAUUCCGAUCUAGGUUAAAUUAUUUGAUUCAGUAUUGUGAUGGUGAAGCUAAGGCUACCAUUGUUCACUGUGCAUUGCUUGAGCCAGAAGAAGGCUACCGAAAGGCGUUAGAGCUUCUCGAGGAAGCAUUUGGUCAGAAGCAUAUCGUGGCCCAUGCAUUUAUUGAUAAGAUGCUGAAUAUCCCUGCUAUUAAGGGGACUGAUCCAGAUGGUUUAAGAAGACUGUCUCGUGAGAUGCAUGUUUGUGAGCUCACACUCACGCAGAUGAACUAUGUAUCCGAUCUUAAUUCUACAAAGACCAUCGAGUGUAUGUUCUUAAAACUCCCACUGCAUUUGCAGAGAGAAUGGGUUAAAGUUGCAUCUAAGAUUCUUAAGACAGGUAGAGAGCCUUUGUUCAAGGACCUUUGUGAAUUUGUGAAGGAGCAAUCAGACAUUGCUAAUACUAGGUAUGGAUUACUUGUCAGCGGUGAUAUUUCUAACCGCAACCAAAGGCAAUCAGUUGCCGUUACAAAAAGGCCCUUUGAUUCAGAGUACAAAGCCAGAGUGUCGUUUGCUAACACGAGUGAGUCUGUUGUCUCCCCACACGUAGGACCAAGAACUCUUGGGUUAUCAUGUUUGUUAUGUAAUGGAAACCACCCCUUGGACCAAUGCGAAACGUUUAGAGAUAAGGAUGUUAGUGAAAGAAUAGAAUUUGUAUUGAGGAAGAAGUUAUGUAAUGUCUGUCUGAAGGCGAACCAUAUAGCAAGAAACUGUCGAGCACCGCGAUCAUGCGCUGUCGAUGGGUGUGGUUGGAGACACCAUACCUUGUUACACAGAAAGCGGGAGGAGCAGAGCGAUAGUAACAGUAAUGUCCAUAUUAAUACCCAACUCUGUACGGAAGAAAGUGCUAAGCAUGUACAGGGACAAGUAGCAUUUGCGAUAGUGCCCGUAUUGGUAAAAAAUGGAGAAAGAUCAUUUCAGACUUGCGCUUUCUUAGAUAGUGGCUCAGAUGCUUCGCUUAUUACAGAAGAUCUAGCUAUAAGGUUGGGUUUAGAGGGAGAGUCCAAAACGCUUUUACUGAAAACGCUAGAUAGCCAGUCCACAUUUCAUUGUAAAGAGGUUCAAAUAGAAGUCUCCUCCCUGGAUUCUUCUUCAUCAUUUAGAAUUCCAAAGGUAUGGACAGUCGAGAGAUUACCUCUGUUACGCAGGACGGUACCAACAACAUCUCAGAUGGUAUCAUGGUCGCACUUGCGUGGUGUGACCCUCCCGACAGUUGACGAUGAAGACGUCAAGGUACUGAUAGGUUGCAAUGUACCUGAGGCACAUGAGAUAGAAGAGAAGAGGGUGGGAAAAUCUAAUGAACCAUACGCUAUAAAAACUCCUUUAGGGUGGACGUUGUUUGGACCUUACAUUGAGACCACGAGAAAUAUGGGUAUCAUAAAUUAUCUAUCAUCUAAAGAGGAACUAGAAGCUAGAUUGGACCAGCUAUAUAAGAUGGACUUCGAAGAAGACCCGAACCAUCGUGUGCCCAUGUCGGUUGAAGAUCGUAAAGCCUUGGAUACUAUGUCCAAAUCUAUACAGUUAGUGAACGGGCAUUACCAGAUAGCUUUACCCUGGCGUCACCAGCAAAGUCUACCUAAUAAUAGAAAACUAGCGAUGAGUAGAUUAAUUUCCUUGAGAAACCGAUUUAUCCGUGACCAGAGGUUGCACAAAGAAUAUAUUAAUGUGAUGGCUCAGUAUGUUGAAAAGGGUUACGCAGAAAAGGCUUCAGGGGACUUUAUUAGAUGUCGAGUUUGGUAUCUACCGCACCACCCAGUCUUCCAUCCGAAAAAGCCUAAUAAACUAAGAAUCGUAUUCGACUGUGCAGCACAAUAUGCCGGGACAUCCCUUAAUAAAAACUUGUAUUCUGGUCCAGAUUUAGUUAACAAUUUGGUAGAUGUCUUCACCAGAUUUCGGCGACGACCAAUAGGCCUCAUGGCAGAUAUUGAAGCUAUGUUUCAUCAAGUGAUUGUUCCGUCACAGGAUCGUGACGCCCUUAGAUUUCUAUGGUGGCCGCAGGGUGACAUAAGAAAUGAACCAGAGACCUAUAGGAUGAAAGUGCAUUUGUUUGGUGCGACCUCCUCACCCAGUUGCGCAACGUUUGCUCUACAAAGAACUAUUCUAGAUAACGAAGCUAAGUUUCUUGAAUGUAUUAUACAGACAGCGAAGGAACAGUUCUACGUUGAUGAUUUAUUAACCAGUGUCGAUACGUUGGAAGAAGCUAAAUUAGUAUAUUCACAGCUGAAGGAAAUGUUACGUUUAGGGGGUUUUAAUCUAACCAAGUGGGCCAGCAACAAUGUUGAAUUAAUAAAGUUUAUUUCAGAGGGAGACCAUAUAGACAGGAACGUAGAUAUUUGUUUAUCUGUGGAAGAAAAUGAAAGGAUUCUAGGAAAAGAGUGGAAUGUUCGAACGGAUAAUAUCUUCAGGAUGUACAAGUUGGAUGUGACUCCUGCAAGGAAAACCAUUUUGUCGUAUGUAGCAUCUAUAUUCGACCCAGAUGGGUUUAUAGCUCCAAUUGUUUUACCAGCUAAAUUAAUUUCGCAAGAUGCUUGUCGGCUAAAUCUUUCAUGCGACGAACUUCCUAGAGAGUGCUCUGUAAGAUGGAACUGUAUGCUCAGAGGUAUGAAGCGCUUAAGUAAACUGUUGCUUCCAAGAUGUCUCGUACUAGGAUUAUACAAACCACUACCUACUCAGAUUUAUCGCUUUGUCGACGCCACAGAAUUCGCAUAUGGUGUUGUGGCGUAUGCUCGUUUUAAAGAUGUCUCGUGUCAAGUUCAUCGUUCCUUUUUAUUAGCCAAGUUCAGGGUUGCUAAGCCAAAAAUAAAAGCACCAUGUUAUCAUAAUCCCAAAACAACUCUAAAAAAGCCUAAGAAAAGGAAGGUCACCAAGCCGAAAGUGAAGACACCGAAAAAGCCAAAGGUCACUUUAACAAAGAAGUCAGUAAAUAAGACCGUGAAGAAGCAGACAGCACAUAUUCGCCGUGGUAUUGUACAUGGUGUUGGGAAAGACGCCGUUGUGCGAGUUGUGAAUAAGAGUAAGGAUGGUUCUGAUAAAUUUAAAAAAGCCAAUGCUAAUCGUAGACAGAUUAUGUGUAGUUGGAACCAGAAUAAGAUAGCAAAUGCUCUUUUAGAAAGAGGUUGUGAAUGGCGUUUUAAACUUCCUAGAGCUAGUCAUCGAGGCAGUGUAUGGGGACGCAUUAUAAAGUCGAUAAGAAGGAUUCUACAAUCACUACUGUUUCAAAAGGUAUUGACGGACGAGUCUUUGGAGAUGUUUUUAAUAGAGAUUGAAGGGAUAAUAAACAAUCGACUAUUCGUAAAGCUAGUUAACGACUGUGAUGACCUGGAUGCACUUACGCCAAAUAAGUUAUUGUUAGUUUACAGAGGUGUAUCAUUCGACGAAGCGCAGAUGAGUAAAACGUGCUUAUAUAACGAGAGAUGGAAAGAAGCUGAAAAACUAGCCAACCUAUUCUGGAACAGGUGGUUACGGGAGUACCUACCAACCCUUCAGGCGAGAUCUAAGUGGUUGGACAUGAAAAUGAAUUUACAACCAGGAGAUUUAUUGUUAGUAAACAAUAUUGGCUCACCAAGGAAUCUGUGGCUGAAAGCUAUAGUUAGACGGGUCAAUUAUGGUCCAAAUGGACGAGUCAGAACAGUUCGACUGAAGAGAUCAGCCGGGAUAUGCGGAAACUGUCUCUUUGGAGAAGCCGAUUAUAUAGACGUGACAGUAAUGAAGCCUGGAUGUGGUGUUCGCUUGGGGGGGAAUGUUAGUUAUGUCCAUAACUAACCAAUCAAAUCGUUGCUUAAGCUCCCACCACGUUAACAUGGUCUGAUGUGUCUGUAAACUAUCCCUGUUGCAUGUGACCUACCAAUUGAAAGACAUUAUUAUCCUAUUAUAUUAGUGUGACUCAUAAAUUUAUUCAUUUUAUUAAGACACGCAAUACUGGUCGGCAUGGUUCGUUGGCAAACUCAAGGAAGCCUCAAGACGCCCAUGAAGAGCCGAAGACAUUCCAUACGAUCACCGCUAGAGGAACAUUCUAUUCAUUCUUAUAUUACCAACAAUUCUUCUUGUCGAUCCUCUAAAUUCUUAUCUUACAAUUUUCCAUAUUGCAAAAAACUCAACUCCUGUUUGAUAUUAAGGUUGCUUCAGUUUUAAAACUCCCCACAGCCCUAAAACAAACACACCUGUUUACUCCGAAAAAUAAUAAUACUUAGAUAGAUACUAAGUUUAUUAGAAUUGUUACAGACUUCACAUAUUAGGUGAUAAAACGACCUGGAACAAUACCGCGAAAUCAUGAAGCGAGCAAAAACAAAUCAGUCGGUUAAAACUAUCUUGCCACAUAUAUACUGUACGAUGUCAGCCAUUUGAAAGGCUAUUAUUCUGACUCUGGAUACUAUCUUAAAUAUCGAAUUUACAAACAGAACAAGAUGACAUCAUAUAGCAUCAAACAAAUCCCCGAAAUAAUUUGUUCUGUUAGUCUUCGACAUUGAUGCUGACCUCAUUAGCUUUGCUGGACACCCCUAGUUAAUGUUGCAGUGACCGGCCAGUCUCGAUAAGA